AUGGCCAUAAACAAAUCCCAAAAGGUUGGCCAGCGAAGAUCAUCGCCGGUGAAAACUUCGGUAUCGCACGGAGGAAGCCGGCAGCCUGACGGAAUAUAUUUCUGGGAAGGAUCAGCUGGCGCUGGGGAAGCGAAUCAGUUAAGCGUGGCUUCGAAGACCCAAAACCCCAGAGUGUGCGACUACCAGAUGGAAUACUCCUUUGUGUUUGAAGAGAGCUCCUGCGAGGGCAACAUGUCGAUGGCAGCCUAUGAUAAUGGAUUUGAGUCCCUGUGGCAACAAGUGGGCGAGGAACUGCGGAGGGAGCGGGAAAUGAACGAGCUUGGCCAGCUUUUCCAGAAAAACCUGAGCCUGAGUCCGCCCGCCUUCGCGGACCAAUGGAGAUUCUGA